GGAACACAAACCGGCACCCCUGUGGGAUCCCGGCACUGCAAGGGGAGGCUUAGGAUGCCUUGCCACAGUGCUGACCCUCUUCUGGUUGCAGAUUUAUUUUUUUAGUUUGAGGAGUUCUUUCCAUGUUCUCAUCAUAAACCCCUGAUUAGAUCAGAAAGAGCAAUCACCCCUUACCUGAAGUUUUGGUUCCAUUGUGGUCCAAAAGUACGGCAGUAGAAAAUUCCUGAAAUAAACCCUGUAUAAAGUUUGAAUUGUGAAAUUGUGACAAAAUCUUGCACCAUCUCGUGGCCCUGCAAAUCCACAUUGCAUGCACGGCCCUCUUUGGUCACUCUGUGGCUGGUAGUGCUGGAGCCCUAGCUGUCCUGUGUCACAGUGCUUGUAUGCUUCAAGGUGGCCCCACAGCACUGGCGAUCCGGAUGUGCCAAAGAAGCUGCAAGGUUGUUUUUUUCUUCUGAAAAGAUCACAGUGUCAACUUAGGAAAGAAAACAGAAAUCAUCUACUGAAGACACGAAGAUCGUAGCAAGUUCUGAGAAAGGCCAUAUUCCUGUGGCUUUUAUUAAGGAUAUCGUACAAGUUCCAUCUUACUGCUGCUGCAGCAGGGUGCCAAGCAGGCAGAGAAAUGAGAAAACUACCCAGCCAUGGGACACUGCGCAUGACCAGGGUCAUGUACCCGCUGGGACUGUGCGUGGGCCUCUUCAUCUACGUCGUCUACAUCAAAUGGCACCGGGCUUCCACCACCCAGGCUCUCUUCAGCAUCUCUGGCAUGGCCCCGGGUGCCCCCUGGGGUCCGCAGGCCCACAGCGCUCCGGAGACAGCAGCAGCGGCACGGGACCUUGAGGUCUUCUAUGGGAUCAUGUUUGAUGCCGGAAGCACUGGUACACGCAUCCACGUCUUCCAGUUUGCACGGCUGCCUGGAGAAACUCCCACGUUGACCCACGAAACCUUCAAAGCACUGAAGCCAGGCCUCUCUGCUUACGCUGAUGAUGUGGACAAGAGCGCCCAGGGAAUCCAGGAGCUGCUGGAUGUCGCCAAGCAGGACAUCCCGUUUGACUUCUGGAAGGCCACCCCUCUGGUGCUCAAGGCCACGGCCGGCCUGCGCCUGUUACCAGGAGUGAAGGCCCAGAAGCUACUGCAGAAGGUGGAGGAGGUGUUUAGGGCGUCACCUUUCCUGGUGGAGGAUGACUGCGUCUCCAUCAUGAAUGGGACGGAUGAAGGCGUCUCUGCAUGGAUCACUGUCAACUUCCUAACAGGCAGCCUGAAGACCCCAGGGAGGAGCAGCGUGGGCAUGCUGGACCUGGGCGGAGGAUCCACCCAAAUCACCUUCUUGCCAAGCGUGGAGGGCACCCUGCAGAGCUCCCCGCCCGGCCACCUGACUGCCCUGCACAUGUUCAACAGGACCUUCCGCCUCUACUCGUAUAGCUACCUGGGGCUCGGGCUGAUGUCGGCACGGCUAGCCAUCCUGGGUGGUGUGGAGGGGAAGCCUGCCAGAGACAGGCAGGAGUUACUCAGCCCCUGCCUGCCGCCCAAUUUCAGAGGGGAAUGGGAGCAUGCAGAGAUCACCUACCAGAUCGCUGGCCAAGAGACAGCCAGCCUGUACGAGCCAUGUGCCCGCAGAGUGUCCGAGGUCCUGCAGGACAAAGUGCACCGCACCGAGGAAGUGAAGCACGUGGAGUUCUAUGCCUUUUCCUACUACUAUGACCUGGCGGCCAGCGUCGGCCUCAUCGAUGCUGAGAAAGGCGGCAGCCUCGUGGUGGGAGACUUCGAGACGGCAGCCAAGUAUGUGUGCCGGACCCUGGAGACGCAGCCACGCAGCAGCCCGUUCGUGUGCAUGGACCUCACCUACAUCAGCCUGCUGCUGCAGGAGUUCGGCUUUCCCAGGAACAAGGUGCUGAAGCUGACACGCAAGAUUGACAACGUGGAGACCAGCUGGGCCCUGGGGGCCAUCUUUCAUUACAUCGACUCCCUGAACCACAGACGAGCCCCAGCGCGGAGCAGCUGAGCCGCCUGGGCCGCUCGCAGCCAGCAUCUGUGUCCAGGCCCCCGCCCUCCAACAGGUGACUUCAUCCUGGAGGAAGCAGCGCUUGGGCCACGGCCCCUCCUCCCUGUGGUGGCCCCGGGACUCUGCGAGGGUCUGCACGCCAGCUGCCCCUGUGCAGGGCCAGAAGUGACUCUCAGGCCCUGCCUGGGCCUCCCCCCACCUCAAUUCAGGGGGUGGGGGGGCGGUAAGCCAGCCUGUCUUGUGUCCUGGCCCCAUCGUCCUGGUCCUUGUGGUUGUCUUUGUCACUGCACUCAUUUCCUUCAUAAGGCAGGCUUCCACCAUCCCCAGGGGGGACUCAGGCCUUGCCCUGAGAGCGAACCAGUGUCCUCCCACUCAGGGAGGUGCGCCAGGAAGUCCCCCAGAGGCCGAAGCUCUGCACAUCCUCCUCACAGAGCAGAUAGGAUGAUGUGCGACAGUGGGCCAGCCUCUGCAGGGACCGUCAUGCUGCUCCCAGGCAACUGCGUGAGCCUGGCUCAAGUGGCGUGUGUCAGUGUGAGAACUGCCUGAGCCCCUGUUUUACACACUGACCAUGUCCCUGGCAAAAGUGCCACUGUGUGAGCCGUUGGCAGCCAACAGGAAGCAGGACUCCAGGACCGCAGUGUCUCCUGCCGCUCCCCGGGUGACUGUGCAAUACACACAAUAAAAAGGUUUACGAGGUCUCUCCUGGACGGGCCUCUUGACGAGCUCGGGGUGGGAGCAGAGCCAGGGAGGCCGGGCCAAGGUAGC